AUGGAACUCAAAAAAUUUUGGGACUUAGAAGAAGUUCCAAAAUAUGAAAACAUCACCCCGGAAGGCGAGAUAUGUGAAGAUUUUUAUAGAUCAACAACGGCCCGCACCGCUGAAGGACGUUAUAUAGUCCGACUCCCAUUUAAGUCAAGCUUUCCUGAUAAAAUCGCCUUAGGAUAUUCUCGUACCGCAGCCUUGCAACAAUUCCUCAGUAUGGAGAAGAAUCUUCUCAAGAAAGGCGAUCUAAAACAUCUUUAUGACAGUGUUGUGGAGGAAUAUCUUACCCUCAAUCAUAUGGAACCGUCGAGUUCGUAUGAGAUAACCUCAGAGAGAAAAUACUUCUCCUUUUAUCUUCCCCAUCAUGCAGUCAUAAAGCCUGAAAAAAGAACUACGAAAGUAAGAGUUGUCUUCAAUGCAUCAAAGAAAUUGGGCACCGGCAACUCGCUUAAUGAUAUUCUGCAUACCGGGCCGACCCUACAACCCGACUUGAUGCUACUAGUUCUCAAAUGGCGCACUUACCAAUAUGUCUUCAAUGGUGAUGUGGAGAAACUGUAUCGCCAAAUACUCUUACACGAAGAAGACCAAGACUUUCAAAGACUUAUCUUUCGUGCAUCCACAGGAAGUCCAAUACAAGACUAUAAACUGGAAACCGUCACAUUCGGCGUUAAUUGUGCUCCCUAUCUAGCCAUACGCACUCUCCACCAAUCAGCACAAGACGUAAAAAUUACCCACCCCUUGGCUUUGCUCAUAUUAACCAAAGAAACCUAUGUGGAUGACAUCCUAUCUGGCAGUCAUGACCUGCUCACUGCUACCCAGGCUCUUCCAAGUCAUCCAAGCCCUAAAAUCCGCCAGUUUUCCCUUGAACAAAAUCAUUGCCAACCAUCUUAA